AAGGCUGCCUGUCUCUAGACCUGGGAGCUCACACACCUGUUCUCUCUUCUCUCACUCUCCCUCUCCCUCCCUUUCAUCCCUCAUUCACGCUCCCUUCCUCUCACUGCACGCACUGCAAACCAGCACACAUACAUGCUCUCAUUUAUUCUGGGUACUUGUUGACUCUUCACUUCUUUUGAUCUGCUGCACUGGAUAACACUUGGCCUUUUACAGGGGGGGUGAGACAGACCCUCAAACCAAACCUAUUCAAGGACCUAAAAGGACAGAGAUCUGCAAAAGGAAAGACAGCUGACCAAUUACAGAUGAUCCUUUAAACCACAGAGCCAACUCCCUCUCUGUAACAGCACAUGGCCAUGGAGGACUCCACAGAGGUGCGGACUGAUGGCAACUCCCUCCUAAAGGCCGUCUAUCUUUGCCGUUUGCGACUAACACGACUACUCUUAGAGGGCGGGGCUUAUAUUAAUGAGAGUAAUGAGCGUGGAGAGACACCUCUGAUGAUUGCCUGCAAGACUCAUCACACUGAUGCUCAGAGCGUGCCAAAACCCAAGAUGGUCAGGUAUCUUCUGGAGAAUGGUGCUGACCCAAAUAUCCAGGACAAGUCCGGUAAGACAGCGCUGAUGCAUGCCUGUUUGGACCGGGCUGGAGAGGAGGUUCUAAUCCAGCUGCUGUCUAGUGGAGCAGACCCAAGUUUAGAGGAUCAUACUGGUUCCUCUGCGCUGGUGUAUGCUGUUAACGCUGGAGACAAGGAUGCUCUGCGAGUAUUACUGGAUGCUUGUAAGGCAAGAGGCAAGGAGGUCAUCAUCAUCACCACAGACAAACUCCCUUCUGGUAGGCAAAUGACCAAGCAGUACCUGAAUGUCCCUCCUCCACCAGAUUUAGAGGAUCGCUUGUAUUGUGCCCCCACUGCCUGCAUGUCACCCUCCGAGAUUCAAUUCUGCACUCCUCGUGUUUCCCCCCUUUCAAGCCAGUCAGAGAACGCCCUUUUGAACCUGAGGGAGAACCGAGGAAUGGGUUCUACUCCAACAUCAACUUCUAGUUCGAAGCCAGGGUCUCCCACACAUGACCCAAGUCCACUGCGAUCUACUGGUGUGGCCAAGCUUUUGCACCUCCAGAGGCUCCACUCAGAACCUUGGCUAAAGAUCCCUCCAUCCCUGUUGCUGCAGCAAAGCAAGGCCUCCUCCCUGACUGAGGAGCUUCUGGAUAUCACUCCAGAAGAGGAGCUCUCAUUUGGUUUCAACAGCCAUCGUCCCCUGCUUCAAAGAGCACCUCCUGUCGCUCGUCAUCAAAGCAUUGACGUCAAAGAUGCCACUGGUCUGCUACGAGCUUUGGAAGAAGCAUCCGUAUCAGAAAGGGAGCAAGUAAAGGAAGCGAAAUGGCUCAGCAGGAAAAUGUCCUACGAUGGUGUUUCACUGCUACACUCCUCCUCGCACCAGAACCUUCUUAAAGAGGCUUCGGCCACUGAACCCAUUCCUGUGGACAAAGAUCCAGACUGCCUGCCCAACCUGGCAGUGUCUAGCCUGCGGAAUGUGGUCCGCCGGCGCAACAUUGGCAUGGACCACUACAGCUCGGACUCCCAGCUUCCUCAAUUUGGGAGCCAGCACUCAGACGAGGUUGGCAAGGCUGGAGCCACGGGAGGAGGGGUAACAGGGGCAACAGAGAAACGUAAGCUGGUAUCCAGCCGAUCCUCCACCCUGUCUGGCUCCAGAGAGUCUCUAGAGAGCAUUGUCCAGCGGAGGAGCCCGGCAAUGAUGGAGCGAAGAGGUUCUGGGGCUCUUCUGCUGGAUCACAUCUCUCAGACUCGGCCAGGCUACCUGCCACCACUCAACCCUCAUGCUCCCAUCCCAGAUAUCAAAGUUAACACCACCACCACCUCCACCACCACUGGCUCUGCUAGCAUUAUCAAGCCUGGGACUGCCACUGGAGCCAUGACUGGGACCAUACCCAUUGUUCCUGGUUCAAGGCAUUUUGUGCCUUGCGCCCCCAGCCUUCCCCGAGAUCUGAAGGCCAAGAAGACUCUCUUAAGAAGACACUCCAUGCAAACAGAGCAGAUGAAGCGCCUGGUCAACUUUGAGGAGAUCUUUGGACAGUAAAUGCUUACGUGUAUGGCUGACAUAAGGUCCACACGCUCAUAAAGUAAAGACUCUAUUAAUG